CCCAUGUAUCGAGUUCAGAGGUUACUGAGGUUGGGACUGACUAGAGUUAUGUACCACCGGCGAAAUGUGGCGAUCCACAACUCAAACCUCAAGUAAAAUCAAGUGUGCCUGUAGCUUUGCUGGGCGGAGCUUGAAGGUGCCAUCCAGAUGCCAGCUAUGUACAAAGACAGAAGCUCCACCCCCACAACCACCUUCACCAAGAAAAUCUGGUAGUCGAUUCUUGAAGUUUCUGGCAGGUUCUAUUCUAGUGACUGGUGGUACGAUGGUUGGUGCAGUUGCCUAUGGAAGAGCAAACCCUGAAUUUCGCAGGCAGGUGGAGAGUAACUGGCCAAUUUUACUGGGAAUCUCUCCAUAUCUCUUCAAUGAUAAUAAUAUCAAUGGGGAGGAACUACCAGCAUUGAAGGAGAAAGCUCCAUCCCAGAUGCCACCGUUACUGUUCCAAGACACAAAGGAAGUUGUGAAGGACAUUAUGAGUGAGAAGUCAGUUGAUCUAGGCCAGGAUAAACCAGUAGAGGCAGCUGACAUGACAAAGACAAAGCAGGAAAAAGAAGUAGUAGCACAGAAGAAAGAUGAAGAGGAAUCACGCAUUGAGAGGUUGAGGAGGGAACGUGAAGAAGAGCAGAGAGCCAAGGAGCUAAAGGAGAAGAUGAUUGAACAGGAGAUAGAUGAUGCUGCUGAUCUUGCUGCCUUUGAAGCCAUCAUUGACACCAUAACAGCAAGCAGCACUCAACUCACCCAGGAUGCUAUUGAUGCUCAGAAGAAGGGGGUUGUAUUAACUGAAGAGCACAGAGACAGACUCAAAGAAGCCAUGGAUGAGCUCCAGAGUGACACAAAUGAAAAGCGGGCACAGUGGACGAAGGUAGUGGAGGCUGCAGAAGCCAAAAUGGACUUGAUGGAGCUGGAAAAACUGAAGGUUGUGAUUGCUGAAAGCCAAGAGAAGAAACCAAGGCUGGGGUCCAGUCAAGCUAUUACUGAUGCCACCAAGUACCUGAACAAAAUUACCUAUGACCUAGACACAGCAGUAGCUGAGGUGGUGAAAGCUCAGGCAGAAUCAAACAUCUUGAAGGAGUACCAUGACUUAAUCCAAGAAGGAAGGGAACAAUUUAGUAAGGAGCUGAAGAGUCUUAUGCCAGAAGUCAAGCUGGGAGAAAAAGGCAAAAAGCUGACUGAAGAUGAGUUAAAUUCUUUGAUUGCUCAUGGCCAUCGUCGCAUAGAGCAGCUGCAACACCAACUAGCUGAACAGCAAGCUAUGGAGCAGCGACGACUACAGCAGGCACUGCAAAAACAGAAAGGAGAACUUGAGCAAGAGAUGGUAGAUGCCAUCAAUAGGGAACUGGAGAGGAAAGAAGGAAUUUUUGCUGUGGAUUUAGACAAGAAGAUUGAGGAGGUCAUGCAAGAAAGUGAGAAAGAGAUGCGUGUACAGUUGCGUCGUCAAGCAGCAGCCCACAGCGACCAUCUUGCCGAUGUGCUGCAGCAACAAGCUCAGGAGUUUGACCAACAGCUGCAACAACAUGAGCAAAAUGUACGCAUCCAGGAACAGGAUCGAUAUCAUCAGAAACUGGCAGGUGCCCUGGCUACAUUGAAGGGUGUACAGUCUGCUGUGGAAGGACGCGCUGGUAUGGAGAAGCAGGUUCAGAAGGCGCAAGAGCUUUGGCUGGCUUGUGAAAACCUCAAACGGACUAUUGCCUCAGGAGACACCAUGUCGGCACCACUAGCCAAUGAAAUUGUUGCUGUGACUGAUGCUGCAGAAGACAAUGCCUUUGUGGAUGCCAUCAUCAAAUCUAUCCCUGAAAAAGCAUUGAUACAAGGAGUGCAGAGUCAAGAAGCCCUACGACAACGCUGGGAUAAUGUUAACAGGGUCUGUCGUCGUGUUGUCAUGGUCGAGGAAUCUGGCAGUAGUCUCUUCAAGUAUGUCCUCUCUUUUGUCCAGUCACUGCUCAUCUUCCCUCAGAGGAUCCCAGCGACCCCGCCCCCAAACCAGGAGAUUGACCCUGACUCCUUGGACACGUUCCGCCUACUAGACUUGGCCAGCUAUCACAUUGAGCAAGGUGAUUUGGAGCAGGCUGUCCGUUACAUCAACCAGCUCCGAGGGAUGCCCCGUAAGGUUGUUGCUGAUUGGCUGAGAGAGGCCAGGUUGCUAUUGGAAACCAGCCAAGCAGCCAGUGUGUUGUCAGCACAUGCAUCUGCAUCAGGGCUUGGUGGGCUAAAAUUUUGAGUGAAGUAUUGAUAGCGAAUGCAAAGUAAAAUAAUUUUAUUAGUGGAUGUAGCCAAACACGUUUUAAGGUUUCAGGUUUCCAAAAUCAUUCCCAAAUGCGUGCAUUCACUUUCGUUCUUUCCCCUUGCCGACACGGCGCUGGGAAGGGUAAACACCUUUCAUUAUUUGAAGGAAAUACAUCACAGCUUCAGAUGCACACCAAGCACUGUGCACAAAGUGUUGACCCAUGUUUUGUUCAUGUGAAUUCUACAAGUGAUCAAUAAAAAUGACAUCAUGCAUUUGCUCUUCCCAGUGACCUGUAAGAACAAGCAAAGCUUGCAUCCAAAAAUUUAUUGAUUUACUCGAAAUCAUACUAUCUGAAAAUAUCAUAAUUGGCUGAAUCUUGUGCAUUACAUGUUGUAUUUUCUGUACUAUGUCCACCUUAUCGUGAAGUGUGGAUUUAAAAAAAUCAAAUUCCAUCAGUUUUCUGUCUGUGCAUGGUUCACAUGACCGACAGAAUAAACAUGAAAUUCCUAUUAAAAUUCUACUGAAUGAAACAAAAUGCAUGUAAUCAGCGUACGUUUGACGUCCACAGGUUUCAGAUUGUACGUGUAUUGUCAAUAUGGGGUGACAUUGACUUUGCUGUUUUUAGUUUCAUUUCUAAUAGUGCAAACAGAAAAAUCGCUGUCUUUACACUCUAAACACUGCAGUGCAUUUGUAAAAUCUUUUUUUUUCUGUUGUAGGUAAUGAAAUAAAUGCCUAAUUGUUGGAGACAAA